AUGGAGUCCCCACAUGCUACUACUGAUGAUCUACUUGCUGAUAAAAACAGGUUUAUUACAUUGUUUGUUAAUUGUUUGUUACUUCACCAUGUGCAGGGAUUUGAAAGUUUAAGCAAAUGCGGUGUCAGGCUACGACAAUUUUUUCAUUGCAUGGUGACGUUCUGUUUUGGUUCUUCCUGUUAUGUAUUCUAUCAUUGGAUGAUAUCCAUAUUGAUGAAAUGGUCAAGGAAAUUGAUUAAGAUAAUGCAACCUUUUGAUCCUGUUUACAAAGUUAAAUUUCCUGAUGGAAACAUUUUGACCGUGAAGAUCAUAAACAUGACGAAUCUGUCUUACAGAGAAGAGGAAAUGUUCUUGGAUGUCAUUUGCAAUAGCUUCUAUACUGAAGCACCCCAACAUCAUAUCACUCAACGUAAUUAUGAGUAG